AUGUCCCUUGGUGGAAACGCAAGCCUGUCUUCCUUAUCAGCAUCACCUCUGCACCUCAACAGCUCCACCUCCCCGCUUUCUCUGCUGUGGGAGAAGGAAAGUGCCAGUAAUGAGUCUCUUCAGGACUGGCCUGAGAACAGGACCCAGCUUAUCUCGGACCUUUCCGUUCUCGAGCAUGAUGAGCAGUGCUACAUGUCCCCUGUCCUCACAAUGUGUCUAGUAGUGUGGUACAGCAUUACGAUGGUGCUGGGCCUAGUGGGGAACGUUGGGCUCAUCUGUAUCAUUGCCCAUCGCAGAGAGAAAGUGAAUGUCACCAGCAUUUUCAUCUGCAACCUGUCAUUCUCUGAUAUUCUGAUGUGUGUCUUCUGCCUCCCCUUCACUGUCAUUUAUACACUCAUGGACCACUGGGUGUUUGGGUCGCUGCUGUGCCGACUCGUGCCAUUCAUUCAGUGCGUUUCUGUGACUGUUUCCGUGCUGUCGUUGGUGUUCAUCGCUUUAGAGCGACAUCAGCUCAUCAUCAACCCCUCUGGAUGGAAACCAAGCAUUCCUCAGGCCUACGUGGUGGUCAUUCUUAUUUGGAUUCUUGCCAGCUUCACCUCCACACCCUUCUUGGCCUUUCAGCUGCUCACGAAUGAGCCAUAUAAAAAUUUAAUCCUGCCGCUCCAUCAGAUGUCGCCGCAUGCUUAUCUCAAUACAUCGCCUCCCCAGUAUGCCUCCAACACAUACAAAAACUCAACCACGCCUCUAAAUAUGUACCGCUCCCUCUUUUCUUAUGUACCCACCUCCCCACACAUGGAAGCUUGUGUGGAGCACUGGCCCUCUGCAGAGCACAGGAUCGCUUAUACCACCUGGCUCCUGCUGUUCCAGUACUGUGGCCCACUGUUGCUGGUGCUGCUCUGUUAUGUCAGGGUUUUUGUGCGCCUUCGCCACCGCAAAGACAUGCUGGAUCGUGCCAGGACCCCAGAGAGCCAACACAUGACCCACAGCCGUCGAAUCAACAUCAUGCUGGUCGCUCUCAUAACAGCGUUUGCUCUUUGCUGGCUUCCUCUCACCAUCUUCAACGUGCUGGCAGACUGGAACCUGGAAGCUCUGCCUAUCUGCCACCACAACCUCCUGUUCUCCCUCUGCCAUCUGCUGGCCAUGUCCUCCACCUGCAUCAACCCCAUCAUCUAUGGAUUCCUCAACUCCAACUUUCGCCAAGAGGUGCGAGAGGUGCUACUCCACUGCCGCUACGUCCCACAGGAAGAGGAUGGUGAGCGCUUCCCCAUGUCCACAGUGCACAUGGAAGUGUCCCGCACAUCUGUGCCUCUCCAGUGCAGGAGCAACUCAGUCUGACUGUGAUGCUGCAACAUAUCA